AUGCUGGCGGGCAUUCUGCUCCAUGUGCUCCUGGUGACGGCGAUCCAGUACGAGCCUGUCCUUCCGCCGUCGUAUCCAUUGGCCGUGCGCAAUCCCUACCUGUCAACCUGGAUCCCCGGCAACUUGGUGGCCAAUCUGCCCUCUUCUUCGCCUCAGUUCUGGACGGGGACCGACCUCACCUGGUCCGUCAUUGGCCGUGUAAACGGGACUGCAUACAGCUUACUCGGUGUGACCGACUCUGUCGCCAAUGUCCAGGCUGCUGAGGUCCUGAGCGCUCAGUAUACGUCCACCCAUACAACUUUCACUCUCCAGGCUGGCUCUGCGACCUUCAUCUUGGAUUUCCUGUCUCCUGUCGCGCCGUGGGACUAUGUGCGACAGUCACUUCCGUUCAGCUAUCUCACGGUCACCGUUUCUGGUGCCGCAUCGCAGGCCGUUCAGAUCUAUUCUGAUAUCGAUGACUCAUGGACUGGUGGGCAGUCUUCUGGCACUGUCGUGAAUCUCACGAAAACAGGGACCACGUCCCUCUAUUUAAUCUCUCUGGUGAAUCCUCUGCUCUACUCCGAAUCUGAUGAUCAGGCUCUUUGGGGCGAUGUGAUCUACGCCUCCAGACCUUCGUCGACCUCCGUGUUGUCCACGCAAUUCGGGAAUGCCACCACCGUCCGUUCCCAAUUUGUAGCGGACGGGUCCUUGACUAAUUCUUCUGAUACGGAGUGGUCCACAGGGGACGUUGUCGCCUUCGCGCACGAUCUGGGGAACGUUGCAGACAACCAGUCAGUGACCUUUGCCGUGGGUUAUGUGCGAGAAGCGGCGAUCAACUACCUUGGAGAAGCCUACACGGGCUACUACCGCUCUCAGUAUCAGGACACUCCAUCGGCAGUCGCUCAUUUUCUGGAUGACUACGCUGCCGCUGCUGCUGAAGCAGAAGCCCUGGAUGCGGCCAUCUCGAGUAAAGCAACUGCCGUUGCCGGCUCCAACUAUUCCGACAUUGUCGAGCUGUCAGUUCGACAGGCCUACGGUGCUAUCGAUCUGACCAUUCCCAACGACUCGCUCGACACCAGUAACCCGCUGGCCUUUAUCAAAGAGAUCUCGAGCGACGGCAAUGUGAACACGAUCGAUAUCAUCACUCCCGCUUUCCCCAUCUAUUAUCUUUUGGACCCGGAUUGGAUCAAAUUUCUCUUGGACCCGGUUCUGAAAUACCUCGCGACGGGCGGGUGGCAGCAGCCAUAUAUGAUCCAUGAUCUCGGCAGUAACUAUCCCAACGCCACUGGCCACAAUGACCAGCAGGAUGAACCGAUGCCGAUCGAGGAGAGUGGUAACAUUCUGAUCCUAGUGUACGCAUACAAAGUGGCGACGGGAGACUCGACCUGGGCCACAGAGUACACCUCCAUCCUCCAGAAAUAUGCGGACUACCUCGUGAACAACACCAUCAACAUGGCAAACCAGCUAUCCGCCAAUGAUGCCGCUGGCCCCCUCCCAAACCAGACGGGGCUCGCUGCCAAAUCGGCCGUUGGUCUCAAGGCCUUUGGGGAGCUGACAGGACUCACCAACUACUCCGACGUCGGGGCAUCAUUUGCCAAUCUCCUCUAUGACGGAGGACUCGGGACCGAUCCGAACAAGACGCACUUCACCCUGGAGUAUCCCACUUACCCUACCACCUGGAAGAUCCCCUACAACCACUAUCCUGACGUUCUUUUCAAGUUUGGCCUUUUCCCCGAGGCUUCCUACAACAUGAGCAGCGCAUUUCUCCCUACGGUCCGCGGGCAGUACGGCGUCCCUCUGCAGAACAACAUGGACUGGGCCAAGUCCGAUUGGAACAUCUGGACCGCGGCCACCCUGGACACUCGCACGCGCGACGAGUUUGUCGACGACCUGUGGGCAUUCGUCACCAACGGCUUGAACACCUGGCCCUUCUCGGACCGGUACAUUGCCUCAUCGGAAUUUGGAAACGAGGCCGGUGUCGAGGUCCUGUGUAAGGCCCGUCCUACCGUUGGCGGACACCUUGCUCUGCUGGCUUUGUCGGAGGGACCCCGAGGUCUGGCGGUUUCCUCCAGCAGCGGGUCCACGAAACGACGGAUCUCGAGCGUCGGUAUGUCUGCUGAUUCUGAGGAGGUGAUCAGGAUCUCGACUUGA